UCCGCCCCCAUCCCCAUUCCCACCUCCUCGCUUCGCAAGCUGCGCCGAGUCCCUCCCACCCAUGCUGUCCUGCACCUACUAGCUGAGCUCGCUCGUGCUCCCCGUCCGAGCCCAGGCCGCGUUCGUGGGGGGCUGGAUUGCUCGGCGAGCGGGCGAUGGACGUCGUCGUCGGGCUGCCGUCGUCUCCGCCCGAGUCCGGGCGCUCCUCGCCGUCUCCGACCGCGUCGCCCGAGUUCGAGUUCUGGAUGGUGGGCAAGAACCCGGGGACAUUCCCCUCCCCCGCCCUGCUCACCGCCGACGAGCUCUUCUCCGAUGGCAUUGUGCUCCCUCUCCACACCCUCCAGGCCCCUCCUCCUUGCCCCGACGCCGGCCAAGACGACGGCGAGGAAGACGCUGAGGAAGAUGCCGACCCCAACGUCGACGUCAACGACUCCUCGGAGCCGCCGGAGGAGGAAGGGGAGCCUGCCGCGCAGCCGCUCGCGGAGGCGUGCGCCGUCCCGACGCCGGACCUCCCCGCGGUCACUUUCAAGUGGAAGGACAUCUUCAAGGCCACCGGCGAGUCCAAGGAGCGCGCCAAGAAGGCGGAGCGCCGCGUCAGCACCGUCAGCGGCAACGCCGAGCUCAUCAACAUCAACAUAUGGCCCUUCUCCCGGAGCCGCUCCGCUGGCCACUCUACCUCCGGCGCCGGCGCCGGCGCUAGCAGCAAGGCCAAGGCGAGCACUCCCAGCACCGGCAACGCCAGUGCCGCUGCUGCCAGCGCACCGGUGGCGGCUACCGCGACGGCGGCGGGGCGCAAGGUGAGCAGCGCGCCGUGCUCCCGGAGCAACUCCCGCGGCGAGGCCUCCGGGUCGGGGGUGCCGGCCGUCGCCAUCGCGGCGGCAGCGGAAAAGGCCGCUGCGCAAGCGCCCGCCACGUCCAUGCUGAGGCGGUGGGUUCCCGGCGGUCAGGGCAGAGCAGGCCUGAGCGCGAACGGCAUCCGCCUGGGAAGAGCCAGCCCAGUCUGGCAGCUGAGGCGCAACAAGCUACAGCAGCAGCAAGCCGCCGCGGAGCAGAAGCAGAGCAGCAACGCCACCGCCAGCGGCAAGAACAAGGCCGUCCCGGAAGACGACGCGGCGACGAGCCAAGUCCAAGCGGACGCCGGCGAAGCAGCAGACAAGGCGACGGCGUCCGCUGCUGCAGACGCAGCGCCGGCGACCGUGAGCGCGCCAGCCGCCGCGUGCCGGAACAACGCGGCCUGCGCGGAGGUGGCCGGCGAGGAGUGCGUGCCGCCGCAGGGGCUGUUCGGCCUCCGCACCUUCUUCUCCAAGAAGGUGUACUGAUCCCGACGAGCCACACCGCGCCAUGCGUUGCCGUGGCGCACUCGCUGAAUGUACAUAGGACUCGAGCCGGUACAGGCUCGUCUCUCUCGUCGAUCCCUUGCACGACCCCCUCCUCCGCCACCCGUUCGUUCGCUAGCUUAAGCAUUCUUUUUCUCUUGCUUAUCUCUGCACUGUACCACGCAUCGCCAUGAAUGAUAGCUCAGCUCAAGCUGCCGUCCCCUCCAUCA